GAUCUCAAUUGACGUUGGUAUGUGGUCAUGGACGCUGUCUUCAUGGCAAAAUGAGUACCAGGAGAUAAUAAGAAAUCAUGUAACUCAAAACAUCUGGUCUGCCAAUAUCAAGAUCUUGUCGUACUGACCUCGUAGUCGCUCUUUCCCUUCUGUGUUUUCAUCGCGUUCAAGAAUUGCCGAAUUGGAACAAACUGCAAUCGCAGAUAAAAAUCAAGCAUCCGUCACUUUUAUCGUUUGCGGUUUGCACGAAGGAUUCUCGAUUUGAUCACCACAUCACAUCCAACAACCACAUCAAACUCAGCCAUUCACAAUCACUUUAUAGUUCCAUACUUCUCGAAUUGUUGCCAACUUCAUAACAUCGCCCUUUCCACGACGUAACAACUUGUUCAAGAUGGCUCCGCCGAUGAUUGACCCCGCGCUCUUCGACCAGCUCAAGGACAACAUCGAGAAGGAUAGCAGUAUUCGCAAAGACCUGGAGCAGAUCAUCGAGGAACUCAAUCAGAAUGUCUCUUAUACGCAGGGAGUGUUGACCAAGAUCCACUCCACUUCUCGUUCGAAAUAUCCCGCACUUCUUUCCCAGGUUGAGAGUGGUAUCAAGAAGGAACUGGAUACCACGACCCGACUAGCUCAGUUCGCUUCGCAGUACCCUUACUACAAGUACAACUACAAGUGGGGACGCACACUUCAGGAUGCCAUCGCUACGGUGCUCCUCUGUGCUUGGUUGGGCGGCAUGGGCAGCGACAGCAAGCCCGGCGAGGUUGGUCGUCUUUUGACAUUGGAGGAAGUUGGUGAGGUAUUUGGAGCUCCCGUCAACCUCAAGGACCGUGACGCCUUCCACAUCACCAUCGAAGAGUAUCUCCUGGCUCUCAUCUCGGUUGUUGAAGACCUCAGCCGCCUCGCCAUGAACUCUGUGACGCUGGGCGAUACAGAGCUGGCUGUGCAGAUUAGCGGGUUCAUCAAGGAUCUGCACGGAGGGUUCCAGAUGCUCAAUCUGAAGAACGAUAUCCUGCGGAAGAGGGUAGAUUCGGUCAAGUACGCCGUUAAGAAGGUCGAGGAUGUGGUGUAUGACUUGUCUUUGAGAAACCUCAUCCCGGCUAAGGAGGCUCAAUAGAUGGAGAUGAUUUGCCUUUGGGGUCAGCAACUUGCAGGUUAAGGGCACAUUGUAGGCUCUCAAAGUCAUGGUUUAUGAGGCUUGGGUCGUUGUUAUAUCAGCCGUCACGUAUGGGGUGUAGGCAUUUGAGAAGCGUUUGGCUAUACACGGAAGCAGGGCCCAUCCGCGGUGCUGAACGGGUUCAACUCUGACCAGUCUACCAAAUAGCAUCAAUAAAACAUAGCAUCCAAAGUCCUGAGCA